GCAGAAGGACCAGAAAUUUGCAACCAGCCCUACGAAUCGAAGGAUCCUUGUUCGAAAUGUAGCUGGGCGAGAUGACACAGUUCAACCUGAAAGAAGAUAUUUUCCAGGCUUUGGGGAUCACUCAAACUCCUUCCACCGGUGCCGUCGGAACAAGAACCGCGCCAUGGGUGAAUGCAAUCUUUCAGCUGGUACAUGCCGGACGUCUUGAACGUUUAGAGCGGGUCGCAACGAUUUUGCGACAUUUGGAAGAAACCCCCGCAGUUCCUUCAUCUGAUGGAAGAUCCCCGGGUGUGGUGUAUCUGCCUGAUCCCUUUCAAGGACGAUCGUUGCAUGACCUGUUCGUCAAACUCGAUAUUCAACAGUUUAACUGGGAGAAUGUCGGCAAAUAUCUUGACGGGGAAUAUCCCAUCUUGGAAACAACUGUGAUGACAGAGGCAGACAAAGUCAAUCUGGAGCGACUUAUUCUUGUUCUUCUAUACCUGGCUGUUUACGCUACUGGGCCUUGUGACGCUGCGGGAGCUCAGCGGAUAUUUGAGGAUGUGUUAGCAAAAAUCAGGGAACAGCGGCUCGGCAUCAUGACGCAUUCACGUCUCGGCCCGAAUGUUUGGAAGGAAUCAUUUGAUCAGCAGAACCUACGCCUUCAAAAGAUUGUGGGAGGGAAAAGAUAUUCAAGUAACGUUCUUUUGAACGAGGUCUUUGAGUCAAUCCGUGUCCGCAAUCUUCGACUACAAGGCUUUAUCCCCUUGGAUUCCGCGAAUGAAGAAGCGACAGUGAACAUCCCUACGCCCAAUGUUCAGCAGCUAGGAGGCGUACUAGCGUGUAGCUUUUAUACCAUCAUCGAAUUCACAGAUCAGAGCGAUUUCAUCGCUUUUGAGAAUCUCAGAAUCUUGGCACAUUAUGCUGCACAAUUGCCUGCUUCAUGGUAUAGUGCGGAAUUUCUGAGAAGUCUUCUAGUACUUGGGCGUCGGGCUUUGUCAUCGGAUGCGGGGCUCUUUCAACCGAGUCUCGCCCCAAUCAUUCGCUUGUUUUCCUUCUGGAUCCGGAAAACGGAUUCAUUUGCAUCGUUGGACAUGCCCACCGACAUUUUGCAGUUCGUAGCUACUACGGCACAGGAACUCAUUAGUCAACCCAAUCCCUCCCCGAGCAUCCUGCCCUAUUGUCUUGCUGCAUUGGCAGCUAGUAUCGGGAAGUUGACGCCCGAAAUGGACCUCACCGCCAUUGAGACAUUGUGUACGGGCCUUCAACACCUACCUUCCUUCAGUCCUGUCAACCAAGAUGCUCUAUACACUGCGUUGGUGCAUCCGAUGAAGAUCCUUCCACCUGCUCCAUUUGGAGCCCUGAAUGAAGCACUAAUUGCCGCAUGGGCACAUCAAAUAGCUCCCAGGAACACACCUCCUGAACUUCUAUCUGUGGAGGGAGGAAUUAAGAUCAUGUACCUCUACCAAUACGUCACGCAAGCGCGCUGGGAGAGUGAUGCAUCAACAGAGGCAAAAAGCAGCCGGGCGUGGUGGCGCAUUCGGAGUCUGAAGGAAACGUCGGUAGAGAUUCCGGAAUGGUUGGCAUCGUUAUCAGAUGCCAUUACGUCUGCCUCUAGCAAUGCAGCUGGUAAACAAGUACAAUGUGGCGUGGCUUUGAUGGCUCAAGUCGGCAUAUGGCGUGCAUUUUCAGACAGGUUGAACAAAGGAAACGGAGCGGUGAAAUCUGUAUCUAAGGAGAGAACCGCUCGCAGAUUUGUACAAAAGAGGACUUUAGACGCUUUAAUAGCAGCAUCGGAUCAGGUCAACGAGCCGUCUACGAACGAGCAACAGCAAGUGUGUCAGGAACUGUUGGCGUAUGGGUGUGCACAGGUGUUGGGAUAUCUGAACUCGCCGGACGUGGACAGGUUGGAAGGGAAUUGGCAAGGGGCCCUUGAAACGGUGGUGGAUGUGCUCUUCACACAUCAUACAGCGCUCGCUCUUGAGGAAGGCUUUCUUCGACAGUUAUCCUUGGAAGUUUCCAAGGCAAAAGAGCCGCAAAAGUUAUUUUCGGAACGGCUGAAAGCAAAGGUGAACAAGGCGUCUCAACACCCGAUAUACGCUGAAAUGGGAAGGAUGUCCAAAGCCAUUGGGGUGCUUAUUGACUUUGAAUGGAACAAUGGAGAGUAUGAUACAGUAUUGCGAACCUUGGAGACAAUGCGGCAGUUCUGUCAGCGUCUGUAUACAGAAUGGGAGACUUGCAAUGUCGAUGGCUCAGUACUACAGUCAAGCCAAGAUCAUAAGGACACUUACGAUUCUUUGUGGCAAUAUUUCAAAACCGCUCUCUUUGUCGUAACAGUCAUCUCGAAGAGUUUUGUAGAUACUCUCUUUGAUCAUCAACACCAUCCAAAUAGUGCGGUUGACCAAUACAGCCAUUCAGCAGUACAAGCAGUCCAACUCGUGCUGGAGACCUUCUCGUACAUGCACUUUGUCACCGCACGGUUCGGUCUGGGCGGUUUCAAAGCAUGGCAAGAAACUGUCCAAGGUCUGGUGGCUUGGUUAGAGACGCCUCCAGACCUGAUGCAGGACGCGAAGCAAGCAAACCAGACGAGUACCAAAAUAGAAGACACAAUGCGACUAUUAACCCCCGCCUAUUGUGGUCUAUAUGUUGAGUCCAACCCCGUCAGCAAAUGUCGCCUCCUCUUCCAUCUUACUCUAGCCCGCCAACUGAUGCGGCACCUUCCGGAGGGUUACGUGGCCAAUGACGUUCUACCUCGCGUAUACCCAUAUCUGAGGUUUCACCGACCACAAGCCAGUAUCCACCAAAAUCCCACGACGGAAGAUAAGGAUCUGUUUGAAAUGGCGCAUGCAAUCUGUGUCUCCACAUUUGAGCAUGUGUCGAGGUUCAGGAAUAUAGUACGAAGUUUUGCUCCGUGGUAUGCUGAGCUACUGCUGGAGUACUCUCCUGAGCCGAUCGACUUUGAUCUGCUCCGUCGCUGUUUUGCAUUCCUCAUCAAAUCACUGUCUGCCUUCUCGUCUGCUCAUCAAGGAAGAUUAAUACUGUCUACUGACGUCGAGAACGAAGAAGACGAUGAUGAAGGCGCUCAAGCGUCGGGUAGGAGGACAGGUCGAGACAUUUCGGAAAGCGGGAGGGAGAUGGAGCUCUCGGAAAGUCACGGGGAAUCAGGGGAGGAUGGCGGGAACCUGCAGCAGCAGCAGCAACAGGACGCAAAAAACAAGGACUCUGAACUGUCAAAUGUGGGGGAACCAGACGCACAAACGGCGCUUCAAGAAGAGGAGGGUGAUGCCUUGGCGUGGAACUGCCUGGCCCGGUUGGUAACGCAUAUCGAUCGAUUGUCACAUCAAAUUGACACCUUCGAACAACACCAGUCUGAAUCUCAGCCAUUUGCGAACGACGGGUCAAGUCGUCUGAAGCAAAUUCUGAGUGUCGCCGGACCGGCCGACAUCAUCAUGCAGCGAGACCAGCUUGCGAUUGUAUUAUUCGACCAAGUGCGCACAAUUGCGCUAAGCGGAUUGGAAGCGUUACUUGCCACGAUUGAGAAUCUAAUGCUUGAUGGACAUGUUCCGUCCUUCCUAGCCGCGGAAGAAGUGCCAGAUGAUGCAAAUGCAGUUGAAACUACAACAGGACAUUCCAUGCCUGAAUCAAGACGACGCGGUAUUGGAGUACAGACAAACCCCGACAGAUCCCCACUUUGGAAGGCGUUGUUUGAUGCAGUGGGUCAUAGUCGUGGCUUUGACUACACUCGUCGAGAAAGAUGCGUCCAAUGGUAUCUCACCACGAUUAGAGCUGGAAAAGAGCUGUGGGAGAAAGACAGGCAUACAGGAACCGAUGGCGCAGACAGUAACCACCGCCCUUUACCUGUCGGACACCCACUACGGGCCAAACUGUGAACCCACUGUGAUUUUCUCACUGUAUAAAGAUUGCCCUAUAUAGCAAGUAAAGACAAAAGAUUCUCUAAUCUACUCAGUCUUUCCUAUCGCAUUCAGCCUGGCAAUGAGAGUACAUUAAUGAUUAAGGAUAAGGCUUGGUAAAAUCCAUA